GAGUGGCGGACUUCCAGUCCGUUUUCCAGCUUCCUGUCGAACGCGUCCAGAGCGGACCCCGGAUACGAGAAGAGCUCCGGCGCGCCCGCCCAACUCCUCUCCAGUCCUGGCCCGAGGACCAACACAGACUCUAGGAUUGGCCUCUGGGGCUUCGGCGCCCACGGCCUGAACCACCAGAUCCCCAUGUCUGCCACCGGCCUGAGCACCGCUGAUGGGGCCGCCGCAGCCUCCAACCCGGACGCAGGCCAUCCCCGGGUACCGAUACCAGGACCUGCCCCGCCCUCAGGCCCCCCUCUAGGGUCAAUACCUGAGUCCACCCCGCCCGCAGUGCUCGGCCAUCCCCGAGUAUCAGUACCAGGACCUCCUACAUCCACCAACUCUACCCGAGAGCCAGUGCAAGGUUCUGGCCCGCCCUUGACGGCCGGCUUCCUCAAGGUAUCGAUGCCAGCACCUCGUCCACCCAGUACCAAUCCCCAAGUGUCAGCAGACGGGAUCGCCCCGCCCUCAGUGAUCAGCUCCUCCUGGAGUUCGGUGCGAGGACCUCCCGCACCCAAUAACUCCCCCGUAGAGUCAUUGCAAGGGUCCUUGCAGUUCUCAGGACCCCGCUCCCCCCGACUAUCAGUGGACGGAUCUGUUGUGCUCUCGGACUCCUCCCGAGUGUCGAUGCAAGGGUCCGCCCCACCCUCAGUGCUCAACUCCCCCCGGAGUUCGCUGCCAGGAUUUGCCCCGAUCUGGGACUCCUCCCGAGUGUCGGUGCAAGGGUCCGCCCCGCCCUCAGAGCUCAGCUCCCUCCCGGCUUCGCAGCAGGGAUCGCCCCAGUUCUCGGAGUCCUCCCGAGCGUCGGUGCAAGGAUCCACCCCGCCCUCAGUGCCCGGCUUCCCCCGGGAUUCGGUACAAGGACCUCUCGCGCCCAGGAACAACCCCGGAGGGUCGGCACAAGGGUCCACCCAGCCCUCAGUGCCCGGCUCCCCCCGGGAUUCGGUACAAGAACCUCUUACGCCCAGGAACUCCUCCCGAGGGUCGGCACAAGGGUCCACCCAGCCCUCAGUGCCAGGUGCCCCCCGAACAUCCACGGAAGGAUCGGCUCCACCCUCGGACUCCCCUGGAGGAGUAGUACAAGGGGCCGCUCCGCCCUCAGUGCCGGGCUCUGCCCGGGUGUCAGUGGAAGAAUCGGCUCCGCCCCCGGACUCCCCCCGAGAGUGGGUAGAAGGGUCCGCCCCGCCCUUGUCCCGCUCCACUCCUCUACCUACGCCCCGGGAGAGUCGCAACCAGAGCAUGGCGAGUGGGGAGACGGCGAGCACCGCGGGCCACAUGUUCGACGUAGUCGUGAUAGGAGGCGGCAUCUCAGGAUUGUCUGCUGCCAAACUCUUAGCGGAACAUGAUGUUAAUGUUUUGGUUUUAGAAGCACGGGACAGAGUUGGAGGAAGAACAUACACCGUGAGGAAUGAACAUGUCGAUUACGUAGAUGUUGGCGGGGCUUAUGUGGGGCCAACCCAGAACAGAAUCUUACGGUUAUCUAAGGAGCUGGGUCUAGAGACUUACAAAGUGAACGUAAAUGAGCGUCUUGUUCAAUAUGUCAAGGGGAGAACUUAUCCAUUUCGGGGGGCCUUUCCGCCAGUAUGGAAUCCCAUUGCCUAUUUGGAUUACAACAAUUUGUGGCGGACAAUGGAUAACAUGGGGAAGGAGAUUCCAGCGGAUGCACCAUGGGAGGCCCCACAUGCUGAGGAAUGGGACAAGAUGACCAUGAAAGAUCUCAUUGAUAAAAUCUGCUGGACGAAGACCGCUAGGCAGUUUGCAUCGCUCUUUGUGAACAUCAACGUGACCUCUGAGCCCCACGAGGUGUCUGCGCUGUGGUUUUUGUGGUACGUGAAGCAGUGCGGAGGCACCACUCGGAUAUUCUCGGUCACCAAUGGGGGCCAGGAACGAAAAUUUGUGGGUGGAUCGGGUCAAGUGAGUGAACGGAUAAUGGACCACCUUGGGGACAGAGUGAAGCUGAGGUGCCCUGUCACCUAUGUGGACCAGUCGGGUGACAACAUCAUCAUCGAGACAUUGAAUCAUGAACUUUAUGAGUGCGGAUACGUAAUUAGUGCCAUCCCGCCAACCUUGACUGCCAAGAUCCACUUCCGACCAGAGCUCCCGUCAGAGAGAAACCAGUUAAUCCAGCGUCUUCCGAUGGGGGCUAUCAUUAAGUGCAUGAUGUAUUACAAGGAGGCCUUUUGGAAGAAGAAGGAUUACUGUGGCUGUAUGAUCAUUGAAGAUGAGGAAGCUCCAAUUUCAAUAACCCUGGAUGACACCAAGCCAGAUGGAUCGCUGCCCGCUAUCAUGGGCUUCAUACUUGCCCGAAAAGCUGACCGACUUGCCAAGCUCCAUAAGGAAAUAAGGAAGAAGAAGAUCUGUGAGCUCUAUGCCAAAGUGCUAGGAUCCCAAGAAGCUUUACAACCGGUGCAUUACGAAGAGAAGAACUGGUGCGAGGAGCAGUACUCCGGGGGCUGCUACACCGCCUACUUCCCCCCUGGGAUCAUGACUCAGUAUGGAAGGGUCAUUCGCCAGCCCGUUGACAGAAUUUACUUUGCUGGCACGGAGACAGCCACACACUGGAGCGGUUACAUGGAAGGGGCAGUAGAGGCCGGAGAACGGGCAGCUAGGGAGGUCUUGAAUGCUCUGGGGAAGGUGGCCAAGAAAGACAUAAGAGUUCAAGAACCGGAAUCAAAGGAUGUUCCAGCUAUGGAGAUCACCCACACCUUUUGGGAGAGGAACCUGCCUUCCGUGGCAGGCCUGCUGAAGAUCAUUGGAUUCUCCACAUCAGUCACUGUCCUGUGGAUUGCGGUGUGCAAAUUCAGGCUGCUGACACGAUCCUGAGGUUUCAGCCUCAUGCUUUCUGCCUACUCUUUCCCAGCACCAUCAAAAGCAAAAUGUUGGCAAAGGCUGUAUCAUUGGAUCAUCUUUAAAUGCACUGGUUUUCACCCAUAAGUUUAGUCUCAGUUGGUGUCAGAGUAAAAACAACCCAAAGAAUCACCUCAUUAAUUUCAAUAAGAUCAAGCUCCAUUGCGUUAUUUGCCUUGUGUAGACUAACUUGUGCUGACUGGUAGAAUAAAACCUUGUGAUCAACUCCUUAAUUUCAAGAUGUCUAAUUGAAGUGCUGGUCAGAAACAA